AUGUCCGCAGAAAUAGCGGAAAAAUUAGGUAAAAUUAGGGAAACUGUGACACCUGGCUACAUGCUUACAGUGAACUCAUUGGCCUCGCGGAUGAAGGCAUUACUGGAGACCACACAUCCUAACAGCGAGAAACGCGUGAUAGGCUUGGGGCGCAUCGCAUACACCAUAGCUUGGAACUUGGUCGAGCAGUAUUACCUUGACGUGACGUCAUACGUCGCGAACGAUCCUCGAAUCGUGGAGGGACUCCCCACCGUCGUGUCUGUCAAUGGAGAACCAGAUAGGGACGACCUCGCCUUGUGGAAUGCGCAACAGGGUGGUAUCGCGAUGCUGGAUGACCUCGACAGAGCGCUCUCCCAGGCCGUCACGCGCUGGCGCAAGGAGAGCCGCGGCACGCCAAAAGUCAUAGAGGACAAAGAGGACAUACUGGAAGAAGUGGAGGAGGAGAUAAGAGAGCUGACGGGAUUUGGCGGGCAGGCCGCGCAUGGAAACGAGAUAUUCAUCCGCAGCAAAACCGCCUUCAGGAAGUGGGUGAACAACGAGCCGAUUCCAAAGGACAGCCAGAAGUUCUUCUACGGUAUCUAA